CUCUUGCUGCUGCUGCUGGCUGACUACAAGUUGUAUCACUGAACAGAAUCGAGCGGACCACCCACCCUUAUCUGCAUCUCUAGGCAGACCAGCUCAUCCUCAGGACAACAGGUAUUUAUCACCCACCACCUCCCAUCGCGUCGUUCAUCAGCGCUUCUUUUGCCCAGCACGCAAAGAACAGAAAGGAGGUCAAAUACACGCCAUGGCACCGGUAGCAUCAGACUCCCUGCAAGCAGAAGCCGCACCCGCAGAAGCGGCGUCGGCGCUGAACGGCAAAAAGCACGCCACCGCCAACGGGCACGCACCCGUCCAUACCAAGCUCGGCUUUGCAACGCGCGCAUUGCACGUCGGCUCCGAGCCUUCCAGCGAGACUGGAGCGGUCAUCCCCGCCAUCAGUCUCAGCACAACCUUCAAGCAGGACGGCGUCGGAAACCACAAGGGCUUCGAGUACUCGCGCUCGGGUAACCCAAACCGUGAUGCAUUUGAGCGCGCCAUCGCCUCGCUCGAGGGCGGCGCACACGGCCUCGCGUUCAGCUCUGGCUCGGCGGUAACGUCAACGAUUCUCUCGUCGCUGCCACCGCACGCACACGUCGUCUCGGUGAAUGACGUGUACGGGGGCACGCACCGCUACUUUACGCGCGUCGCCAAUGUCGCGCAACACAUCGAGACGACGUUCGUAGACAUGGACAGCGACGAUGCGCUCGAGCAGCGCCUACAAGACGCCGUGCGCCCGCAAAGCACCAAGCUCGUGUGGAUCGAGACGCCGACGAAUCCGACGCUGCGACUCGUCGACAUUGCGCGCGUCAGCGCGCUGGUCAAGCGCCUGGCGCCCGACGCGCGCGUCGUCGUCGACAACACCUUCCUCAGCCCCUGGUACCAGCAGCCAUUAGCGCUCGGCGCCGACAUUGUCGUGCACAGCGUGACAAAGUACCUCAACGGCCACUCUGAUGUUGUCAUGGGCGUCGCCGUUACCUCCGACGAGGCCGUCGCCGAGCGCCUGCGGUUCCUGCAGAACGCAAUCGGCGCCGUACCCUCAGCAUUCGACUGUUGGCUCGCGCUGCGUGGCGUCAAGACGCUUGCAGUCCGCAUGAAGCAGCACGGGCACAAUGCCCUGCAGGUCGCGCGCUGGCUUGAGAAGAGCACGCUGAUCGAGUCGGUCAUCUACCCCGGCCUGCCAUCCCACGCGUCGCAUGCUAUCGCGCGCAAGCAAAUCCACCCGCAAGCGGUCGCGCUCAGCGCGGAUGGGCCAGUAGCAGCGGCUGGGCUUGGGCUUCCCUACGGCGGUAUGCUCUCCUUCCGCUUCGCCUCCUCGCCGGACUCGGACGUGGCGAGCUCGGCUUUCCUUGCAUCGCUGCGGAUCUUCACGCUCGCCGAGUCUCUCGGCGGCGUCGAGUCGCUCGUCGAGCUGCCGAGCAAGAUGACGCACGGCGGCCUGACGAACGAGCAGCGCCGCGCACUCGGCAUCGGCCACAAUUUUAUCCGCAUCAGCGUCGGGUUAGAGGAGCCUGCCGACCUCAUCGCCGACCUCGAGCAGGCGUUGCUCAAAGCGGCAAAGGCCAGUGCAGCUGUAGCCGCAGGCGGCGACUGGUGAUGGUGUGCAACUUCUUUUUGUUAUCGUGCUCCCUCGGAGCGCUUGCUCACACUAGCUAAUUCUUUUAUAGACAUUAUACUUGCAUAUUCUUCCAUGUACUAGUAUCCGCCAUGGCAUUGCAGGGAAUAUAGGCGCGCUG